GAUGCAAAUCAGUGUUUGGUCCUACUCGCUCUCCGUCGUAAUGGCAGCUCUGUAUCAGGGUACGGACGCCUCCUCUCCGGACAAAUUUCUGGCCUUGAAAGACGUGAGAGAAGUGAAAGAGGAAACGACGCUGGACGAGAAGCUCUUCCUGCUGGCAUGCGAUAAAGGUGAUUACUACAUGGUGAAGAAGCUGCUGGAGGAAAACCGUCACGGCGAGCUCAACGUCAACAGCGUGGACGUGCUGGGCCGAGAUGCUGUGACCAUCGCCAUCGAGAAUGAGAACCUGGACAUCCUGCAGCUUCUGCUCGAGUAUGGUUGCCAGGCGACAGAUGCCUUGCUGGUGGCCAUAGACUCAGAAGUGGUGGGAGCUGUGGACAUCCUCCUCAACCACAGGCCGAGGCGAUCGUCAAAGCCUUCCAUAGCUUCUUUCAGAGGUUUGUGCCAUCUUUCUCAGAAACUGAUGCAGCGCAUUCAGAACCCCGAGUAUUCCACCACCAUGGACGUAGCUCCGGUCAUCCUGGCAGCUCACAGGAACAACUACGAGAUCCUCACAAUGCUGCUGAAGCAGGACAUAUCUCUUCCCCGGCCUCACGCUGUCGGCUGCGAGUGCAUGCUGUGCAAUGCUAAAAACAAGAAGGACAGCUUAAGACACUCCAGGUUCCGCCUUGACAUCUACCGCUGCCUGGCGAGUCCUUCUCUCAUCAUGCUGACCGAGGAGGAUCCUAUUCUUAGAGCAUUCGAGCUCAGCGCAGACCUCAAGGAGCUCAGCCUCGUAGAGGUGGAGUUCAGGAAUGACUACGAGGAGCUGGCGAAGCAGUGCAAGAUGUUUGCCAAGGAUCUGCUGGCUCAGGCUCGAAACUCUCGGGAGCUCGAAGUGAUUCUUAAUCACACCUCCAGCGAGGAUCAUGUUGACAAGAGAGGCUUGCUGGAGGAGCGCAUGAACCUGAGCCGACUUAAACUUGCCAUCAAGUACAACCAAAAAGAGUUUGUGGCUCAGUCCAACUGUCAGCAGUUCCUCAACACCGUCUGGUUUGGAGAGAUGGCCAGCUAUCGUCGCAAACACACCUGUCUAAAGAUGGGCACGGUGUUGUCCGUGGCCUUACUCUGGCCGCUGCUUUCCGUCUGCUACCUUCUCGUGCCACGUUCCCGAGUCGGUCAGAUAAUACACACGCCUUUCGUCAAGUUCAUCAUCCACAGCGCCUCCUACUUCACUUUCCUGCUGCUGCUCAACCUUUACUCUCUGGUCUACAACGAGGACAAGAAGAACAACAUGGGCCCUGAGCUUGAGAUGAUCGAUUAUCUCCUAAUCCUCUGGAUCUUAGGGAUGGUGUGGUCAGAUGUGAAGCGUCUAUGGUACCAAGGGCUGGAAGACUUCCUGGAAGAGUCGAGGAACCAGCUAAGCUUUGUGAUGAAUUCACUCUACCUGGCCACCUUCGCUCUUAAGAUAGUGGCUCAUAGCAAGUUCAAAAACAAGGAGAUAGACAGGAAGAACUGGGACGCCUUCCAUCCCAUCCUGGUGGCUGAGGGCCUCUUUGCCUUUGCCAAUGUCCUGAGUUACCUGCGGCUCUUUUUCAUGUACACCACCAGCUCCAUUUUAGGACCACUACAGAUCUCCAUGGGUCAGAUGCUGCAGGAGUUUGGAAAGUUUCUGGGCCUCUUCCUGCUUGUGUUAUUCUCCUUCACCAUUGGGCUCACCCAGCUCUAUGGAAAAGACCACAAAAACCCCGGCAAGAAAACACCCAAGGACUGCGAGGGGAUCUUCUGCCAGCAACAGAGCAAUGAUGCAUUUCACACGUUUAUGGGAACCUGCUACGCUCUGUUCUGGUACAUUUUCUCCCUGGCCCACGUUGCACUCUUCGUCACCCGAAUCAGCUACACACAGGAGCUACGCUCUUUUGUCGGUGCCAUGAUCAUCGGCACAUACAACAUAGUGGUAGUUAUUGUGCUGACCAAGCUGCUGGUGGCCAUGCUCCACAAAAGCUUCAGACAAAUUGCUAAUCAUGAGGAUAAGGAGUGGAAGUUUGCUCGAGCCAAACUCUGGCUCAGCUACUUUGAUGACAAGUGUACUCUGCCUCCACCUUUUAAUAUCCUCCCUUCACCUAAAACCGUCUGCUACUUGGUGACCAGCCUGAGGAAGUGGAUCUGUUCGCAUACAACAAAGGGCAAGGUGAAGAGGCAAAACAGCCUUAAGGAGUGGAGGAACCUGAAGCAGAAGCGAGAUGAGAACUACCAGAAGAUCAUGUGUUGUUUGGUUCACCGCUACCUGACCUCCACGCGGCAGAAGAUGCAGAGCACGGACCAGGCCACGGUGGAAAAUCUGAACGACCUGCGCCAAGAUCUAUCCAAGUUUCGCAACGAGAUGCGGGACCUGCUGGGCUUCCGAACAUCCAAAUAUGCCAUGUUCUACCCAAGGAGCUAAGAAAAUGAAAACUUCCCUUUCUGCUCUCUCUGAAACUUGUUGCUUCGUGUUUAUCUGGGGCAGUGUGGCACAAGCAUGUGCAAACCCUCUCUUCUAUUAAGUCACAGGAGUAAUUUUCAAACCUGGAACUUUGUUAGAGAAACAUGCAUUUACCACCAAAGCCUCCAGACUCAGGCCUACCAUCUGUUAA